AUGGUGACACUUCUAUCGUCAGUUGCUUGGACUUCAAAUGUAGCAUUGGCACUUGGAUCAGUAUUUUGUAUCCGUACUAUAGCUAUUUUUCCACUUGAUAACCUACAAACAGGUUCAACAUAUUGCCUUAUUUGUGGACCGGGUCGUUACUGCCCAGAUCCAGCUGGUCUACCUGUUCUAUGUGCACCUGGCUCAGCACAAGUUAAUUUAGGAUCAGUUCAGUGUGAAUUGUGCAAAGAUGGCGCCUAUGCUGAUAAACCUGGCAUGGCUGUAUGUAUUUCAUGUCCACCUGGAUAUGCUUGCAGUAGUACAACUCGUGAAGGUCUCCCAUGUCCAACCAAUCGAUUUGGUGGUCAAAGUAAAUGUGUCGACAACGGCGAAUCAAUGAUCGGGUAA